UCAUCACAAAAUGGCGUCUGCUGCUUCGAAAAUGGCAUUUCGUCUGCUGUUGCCGAAACUUCACACCAGAAGAUUUUGCAGUAGUGUGGCAGCAGCUGACCUACCUCUAAGUGGAAUCAGGGUGUUAGACUUGACAAGGGUCUUGGCCGGGCCUUUUGCAACGAUGAUCCUGGGUGACCUUGGAGCAGAGGUCAUCAAGGUGGAGAGACCAGGUACGGGGGAUGACACGCGAACCUGGGGUCCGCCCUUCUGUGGAACAGAGUCAGCCUACUUCCUCUCAGUCAACAGGAACAAGAAGAGUAUUGCUGUAAACCUCAAAGAUCCAAAGGGGGCCAAGAUUAUCAAACAGGUAAAUCUUACUAACACUGAGUAG